CAAAAGCUCGGUGAUGUCUAAAUGAAGGCGCUCAUAUUUCGAUCACGAUUGAAAUGCAAGCACCUCGCUGGAACUCCUCCACGAACGCGGCCUCCAAGGCCAAGCCUGGACCGACAACGUCGGCCCGUACGACGCGCGCCGCCUCGGCUGCCUGCACACGCACCGCCGCGACUAUCCCCACGCGCACGCAGCGCGCGGCAACAGCGCCGGAAGUGAUGGUCGUCGCUGGACGCCACGCCCGUGAGCUCGCUGCCUUGCGCGCCGAGUACGAAGAACACCUCGAGAGCCUCCGCACCGACUGCCAGAUGCAGUUGGCGGCGUUGGCCACGACCUUGCGUGUCGAGCACCAAGCCAGCAUCGCCGCUGUGACGACGACGCUGCAGGAAGAACACCAGAAAGCCUUGGCUGCCUCGGAUGCCAAGCUGCGCCACGAUCACUCGAUCAAAGAGACAGCUCUCAUCUCCGAGCUCACGAAGCUGGCCGCCCAGCGUGACGGCAGCCUCGAGCGCGCUCAGGUUCUGUUCGCUCAAUCGCAGGGCCUGCGCCACGAUCUGCACAAGCUCGCCAAGUUCAAUCGCGGUCUCCAGACCAAGAUCGCCAAGACGUAA